CCGCUUUAUACGAUUCAAUCAUUCAAUCUUUGUUUGCUGAGGUAAUUGAAGAAAGGGCAUGUCCAUCACACUAAUAAUUGCUGGGAGUGGGGAAAGACCAUAGCUUUGGCAUCUAAUGCACUUUUGCAAAUGCCCUUCGACUUACAAUAGAUCUCAAACCAUCAACAUAAUGCAUAGCACCAGAGUAUCUCCCUAUCCAUCACUAUGUGGCUCUGUGAUCUCGAUCGCAGCUCGAUCGCAGCUCAAUCAUUGCCCAGGAGUCACCAGAACAGAUCUCACUACCAACCAUCACAAAGUAGCACAUACAAAUCAAUUCCUACACUGCCACAGGUCGGUCUGUGGGCGCGUAGACGGGUCAUCCUCAAUCCUGCCGGGGGACACAGCCUACGCAAGCCCUUCAGCAAGUGGUAUUCAAGAGCCCUCACGAUUACGCAUUCGGCUACAGUAGCCCAUCGGCAUCUGAUAUGGCACGGUGGGUCGCUCACGGCUGCGUCAUCCCGCGUGGGUACAUGCAUAUCUAAAUAUAGAGCACCUGUGACAGUGGAGGCAAAGGUACGCGAGGGCGACGAACUACGACACCACGACGCAGUCGUGAAGGAUAUGAUGGAGGCUGGGGCGCGUACAGAGAAGCAGGUCUUGUGGCCUGCUGACCACACAGUAGACAGUGGUUGGUAAGAUGACGAAGCAGCAGCUCGAUAGCGAUGCAGUGCAGUAUCGAGGGCAAUUGCUUUGGCAGCCGCAAU